AUGAGCAACCGGGAGCCAAUGUCGCCAUUACCCACGCAACCAACUUCUGUCCCCAGUGUGGCCUCAUUGAAGGCAGUUCUCACGCCGCAGGUGGUGCUGCAGACGGCACAGGCCUCACUGGAGCUUCCCAAGGCAGAUGAGAUGUGGUCUAAUUGGUACAAGGAGUCCGAGGACCGGUUUCUCGACUUUAUUUCCUUCGAUGCAACGGAGGGUGGUGGUAACGGAGGUGUUGUCCGCUCUGGAAGCUCACAUCGGACGUUGAGUGCACGGCGCAUUAGUGGACAAUUUGAAGAAGAGGUGAUGAAAUCAUGGGAAGAGGACUGGGAAGAUGAGGAUGUGGAGGAUACAUUUGAUGCCGUCAUGGGGCGGAUUGGGCGCUAUGAGGCUUCAAGGGCCGCUUCGUCACAGAAGUAG